GGCGGCAAAAAUUCGUCUUAAAUCGUCUUCUUUACCACACCGGAGGCAUGGCGGCACAGUAAGGAUAUAUUCUGAGUCCAAGAUAUAGACUAAAGGCGCAUCGUUCCGGUUUCCAGUGCAUGUUUACGCUAUCUUAUUUUUCUUUUAUAUCGUUUAAAUCUCAAUUAUCUUCAUACUAUUAGCAUAAUCAUGUCAGAUUUCCAACAGAAGAUGUCGUGGCAAACAAGAUCCGAUAAAGAAAUUUGCUGGACGGCUAACUGACAAGCAGACGGAAAACGGCGAUUAGAACACAAUUUUUUAUUAUUUAUUUUUUAAUCUGCACUAAAUUCUUAGGAGUUUUGACUGAACAAUUAAACUGUUCGGAUUUGUGUUGCUAUCUGUGAGGUGAUCCACACCCCACCACUAUCAACACGACCAUGUCCCCACCAGCCUCGGCUGCGACAGCUAGUGAGAGCAGCACUACGACUGUUUUCGAGGAUGACACGGACAGCCCUAGAGAGGAGCAGCAGAGGCCCCUGAAACAGUCCCUGAGCAAGUCACUGUGCAGGGAAGUGUUCUGGAAGUGCCUUGUGCUCUCCAUGCUCAUGUACGGCUGCAUGGGGGCCAUGGUGUGGUGCCACGUCACCAAGGUUACGCGGCUCAGCUUCGACACUGCCUACAAAGGGUCCAUGAUGUACCAUGACAGCCCUUGCUCUGAUGGCUACAUAUAUAUCCCACUGGCAUUCCUGCUCAUGCUCUAUGUGGUCUACCUGGUGGAGUGCUGGCACUGCCACGCCAGGAACGACCUGCAGUACAAGGUAGAUGUGGAGGGCAUCUAUGAGCGGCUACAGCGGAUGCAGCAGGCCAAGCCGUGCAUCUGGUGGAAGGCCAUCAGCUACCACUAUGUGCGGAGGACGCGACAGGUGACGCGCUAUCGUAAUGGUGAUGCCUACACCACCACGCAGGUGUAUCACGAGAGGGUGAACACGCAUGUGGCCGAAGCAGAGUUUGACUAUGGCCACUGUGGGGUGAAGGAUGUUUCCAAGCAGCUAGUUGGUCUGGAAAAGUCAGCUAUCACCAAACUGAGGUUCACCAAGUGCUUUAGCUUCGCUAAUGUGGAGUCGGAGAACUCCUACCUGACACAGCGUGCCCACUUCUUCACCGACAAUGAGGGCCUCGAUGAUUACAUGGAAGCUCGGGAGGGGAUGCACCUGAAGAAUGUAGACUUCAAAGAGUACAUGAUUGCCUUCUCAAAUCCAGACAACCACCCCUGGUACAUCUCCAACUAUGUCUUCUGGACAGCGGCCUUCCUCACAUUCUCCUGGCCCCUGAGGGUCCUGACGGAGUACCGCACAGCUUACGUGCACUACCGUGUUGAGAAACUCUUCGGGGUCGACUACGUGCCAGUGACGCCAUGUGAUGAGCACCCAUACUGCAGACGUAUCCCCCGCGUCAACACCAUCGACAGCACUGAACUAGAGUGGCACAUCCGCUCCAACCAACAGCUGGUGCCCAGUUACUCAGAGGCGGGCCUGAUGGACCUGGCGCAGCAUUCCGGAGGCUUCCGGCAGAACUGUGAGCGCUGCCACCGGGCAAUCAGCAGCUCAUCUGUGUUCUCACGCAGUGCACUCAGUAUCUGUAAUGGGAGCCCACGUGCGCCCUUCUCGGGAAGCCGCUUCUCGCUGGGCCGCCUGUAUGGGUCACGGCGGAGCUGCUUCUGGAGGAGUGGCAGUGGCAGCCUGGGUGAUCCGGACAGCCCUAGCGAAAACACCCGCUGCCUGUCAGGCCACGUUGCUGCCAGCACCGCCAUGGCCGAAGACAACCCCCCACCCUACCAGGACGCCCUCUGCUUCCCCGUGCUCAUCGUCCACUGCAGUGAGAACUGCCCCAGUCAUCGCUCCUUCCACAGGAAUGGCUCUUGCGUCGAGACCUCCUUAUGAGGCCCUUGCACUCCAGGUGAUUGUAUAGUAGCAAAAAUUGAUAUGAAUAAGAAUGCAUCAUUAAAGUGGUGUCUUGUAAAUAAAUUAUCAACAGUGAACAUGACCUGUCACUCAGGAAUUUUUGUGUCCUUGGCCUAACACCUACAGCCCAGACCCCGCUAAGGGACAGGUGCUUUGUUAUAAGACAGACAUGCUUAUGUUGACCUGGGAAUGUCCCCAGCCCUGUAUUUACCAAAACAGAAUCAAAUAUUAAUUUUUGCUUAUUGUCACAUUCACCUUCACAGCAAUAAUCAAAACACAACUUUGUGUUCAUCCUAAGUUAGAAGUAAUAGCUUUUUUUUACAUGGUCCGAAUUACAACUGCAAGCUCUGUAUUCAUGUUGCUUUGUCUUGUUAAAUGUGUUGUAUGGAGAACCAGGCCUUUACUUACAAAGCAAAAAUGCUCUGUGUGCUUUUGACAGAGAAUAUAACUCCCUAAAACCCUAAAAUAUUUCUUGCACUUGAGAACUUUUUUGUUUCAAUCAUGUUGCACUUUAGAUUACAUAAACCAAAUCACAUGUAUUCAACAAGAAUGUUGUCAAGAUACUUUGCAAAUAAAGAUGAUGUACAGUUUAUUAUUAUAUUCCAUAA